AUGAUCAUAGUUGCAUUGUGGUGCAUACUGAUGAGUCCAGAUGAUCGUCCAUCAAUGAAUAAGGUGUUGGAGAUGCUGGAAGGUGAUGUUGAACGUUUGCAAAUUCCUUCUCAAUCGACUCAAAUUGGAGUGGGUUUUGAUCAGAUCGAAAUUACAUCUUCCUCUGAUUCUGUUUCCUUAUUUAAUAAUGAGGAUGCUUCAAUAUGUGUCCAGACGCAUUGCACCCCUUCUUCAUGUGGAAUCAUUCCCAGUAUUAGCAAACCUUUCCGGCUCAAGGGCGACCCCAAGAACUGCGGGGACCCAAGCUUCGAGCUACGCUGCGAAAACAAUGUCACCUCCAUCACUCUCAACUCUCAAAACUACUAUGUCAAAGCAAUCAACUACCAUAACUCCACCAUCACCCUUGUUGAUCCUUCCAUUGUUAAAAAUGACAUGUGCUCUUUUCCCACUGUUUCUUCAUAUGCCUUUGCCUUCAUCUUUGAUAUUCCUAAUCCCAUUCCUUACCGAAUUCCAACAACACAAAACCCUAUUAAUUUCUUUAGCUGCCCUCAUCAACUCAAGAACUCUUCCCUUUUUACAGAUGUUACUACUCAUUGUGCCCCAUCUUCCCAUCUUCCAAAUUAUGCUUAUAUCAAGGUGGGACACUUGAAUGCAUCUGAGGUACCACAUUUGUGCACACUUGAUCUCGUAGUCAUGACUUCAUGGCCCGAAUUUAAGGAUUUCGACAAUGUUUCGCUGUCUGAAAUCCACCAAUCUCUCUUGUACGGAUUUGAACUUGUCUUCUGCCCCAAGUGCAAAACACUCACGACGGGUUUUAUUGAAGCCAUCUUCUUCAGUAUGCGCCUCGUUCUUAUAAUAAUUGUAGGUCUGUUAUGUGCAGUGGUAAGCCCUCCUAUGUUCACCAUCUUUGGAUUCGCGGCUGUAUCAAUGCUUUUAUAUUAUAUUCCAGCUUUCAUUAUUAACAUGAUUCAACCGGGAGGAACAGAGAAUUAUAAUUAUCAACUGCCUGCCCUUAUCUUGAGCAUCAUCAUUGGUGCAUCAAGGGUCAUCACCUUCCCUUUGGUGGCGGGGCUUUUGAUUUACAAAUUCAGAACAAGGCGUCUCUCCUUACAUGAAGAUAUAGAAUCAUUUCUACAAAGUGACAACAAACUUGCCCCGAUUAGAUACUCCUAUCCCGACGUCAAAAAAAUGACUAAAGGUUUUCAAGAUAAACUAGGCCAAGGAGGCUACGGUUCUGUUUACAAAGGCAGGCUCCGAAGUGGCCAUGAUGUUGCAGUCAAACUCCUGGGGAAAUCGGGAGGAAAAGGACAAGAUUUCAUGAAUGAAAUUGCAACUAUUGGAAGGAUACACCAUGUCAAUGUUGUCAAACUAGUUGGAUAUUGUGCACAUGGAUCCAAACUUGCUAUUGUCUUUGAUUUCAUGACUAAUGGCUCUCUUGAAAAGUAUCUUUUCAAUCGAGAUAACAUGAAACGCUUGAAUUGGGACACAAAGUUUGAGAUCGCAGUUGGAGUUGCUCGUGGGAUUGAGUAUUUGCAUCGAGGCUGCGACAUUCAGAUUCUGCAUUUCGACAUCAAGCCUCAUAAUAUUCUCCUUGAUGAUAAAUUUAUUCCCAAAAUAUCUGAUUUUGGGCUUGCUAAGUUUUGCUCUACUGGUAAAAAUGCAGUAAGCUUUACUACAGCCAGAGGAACCAUAGGGUAUGUUGCUCCUGAACUAAUCAACAGAAGUGUGGGGGCGGUUUCUUUCAAGGCGGAUGUGUAUAGUUUCGGAAUGUUAUUAAUUGAUAUGGUGGGCUUGAAGAGAGACUUGAGAGGAAAGAAUGGUAAUUCGAGCAAGUAUUUUCCAUACUGGAUAUAUGAUUGUUUUGAGCAAGGCAAGGAUAUUGGAAUUGAAGAAGCAGAGUCUGACGAUGAGAAUCAGAGUAGUAAGAGUAUUGUUAGGAAGAUGGCCAUAGUUGCCUUGUGGUGCAUACUAAUGAGUCCAGAUGAUCGCCCAUCAAUGAAUAAAGUGUUAGAGAUGUUGGAAGGUGAUGUUGAGCAUUUGCAAAUUCCUUCUCAAUCGACUCAUAUUGGAGUGGGUUUUGAUCAAACUGAAAUUACAUGUUCCUCUGAUUCUGUUUCCUUGCUUCAACAUGUUGAAGCUUCGAUCUGUGCUGAGACCUAA